AUGAGCUUUCGGGAUCUGGAAGCGGGUCGGGGCACCAAUUAUUCCCGGCGAGGAGACCUCAUCAAUGGCAAGCGGGACCCCACCCAAGCUGUGGCCUCCGGCAUUUUCCAGAUCAACACCGCCGUAUCCACCUUCCAGAGGCUCGUCAACACCCUCGGCACCCCCAAAGACACGCCGGACCUCCGCGAAAAGCUGCACAAGACAAGACUACAUAUCGGGCAAUUGGUGAAGGAUACUUCAGAAAAACUUAAACAAGUCAGCGAAAGAGAUCAUCAUACCGAAGUUAAUGCAAGCAAGAAGAUUACAGAUGCUAAGCUUGCAAAAGAUUUUCAAGCAGUGCUGAGAGAAUUUCAGAAGGCUCAACGACUUGCAGCUGAGAGAGAAACAACAUAUGCUCCUUUUGUUCCUCAAGCAGUUCUUCCAUCCAGUUACACUGCUAGCGAGAUAGAUGUAAACUCAGACAAAAGUCCAGAACAGCGUGCUCUCCUUGUGGAAUCUAGAAGACAAGAGGUCGUGCUAUUGGAUAGUGAGAUUGCUUUCAAUGAGGCUAUCAUCGAGGAAAGAGAACAGGGAAUACAAGAAAUCCAGCAGCAAAUUGGUGAGGUGAAUGAGAUUUUUAAAGAUCUUGCUAUACUGGUUCAUGAGCAAGGAACCAUGAUUGAUGACAUUGGCUCCAAUAUUGAGAGUGCUCACGCAGCUACUGGGCAGGCAAAGUCCCAUCUAGUGAAGGCGUCAAAGACCCAAAGAUCGAAUUCAUCUCUGACUUGCUUGCUCUUGGUAAUAUUUGGAGUUGUGCUUCUCAUUGUGAUAGUAGUACUUGCAGCUUAACCAGAAGAUUGUGCUGAGGUAUCCCUCUGCUAUUUCUGCGAUGCCUAACUUGAGUAUGUUGUUGUAUUCUAAGUUCGUAUAUGUAUGUAUGUGUAUAUGUAUGAAUAGGGCUGGACCGUGGGUAUCCUUCACAAUUUCUGGUUGCGGUUGGGUGAGGUGUCUCCUGUUUCAGUAAGUUGGUGUUUGGGGCUUCUGAUGGUGUUGUGUGUGUGCGCGUUGUUUUUUCUUCAUUUUUUUUUUUUAAAUUGUAAAUGUUACGGUGUUCAUUUUUAUUUAUAUAUAAGAAGUUAUAAUUGUUUGGGUUUUCA